AUGCGGAACGUCAAUGGACGUUCCGCCUCGACUGCAGCCCAGCGACGUGGCAACGAAACGACGGACGGACACGACAACCGACGAGCCCGCCCACCCACAAACGACGCACACCACCCCACACGACCCCCACUGCCCACGAGCGCCCAGACACGACACCGAACGCCCACGACACGACAACCAAACGAGCCGCAACCGCACGCAAACGAAAACGGACGCCCAGCAGACGAAGACGACGACACGACCCCACUGCCCGCCCACGACAACGACUGCCCACGAGCGCCCACGACACGACAACGAACACCCACGCAUGACAACGAACACCCACGAGCGCAACGCAAACGCAAACGCGAAGACGAACAAAACGGCAACCCACCCCCACGGACGCCAAUACAGCCCACCACCCACGACCGACGACGACGCACGCCCACGGACGAAGACGCGCGCCCACGCACGGAGGAUUCCGCUUGCGUCAACGGAAAUGGGCAACGACGAGCCCAGGCUUCACCAUCUAUCAUCCCAGCAGCCGGUCCCUAUAGCCCCAACAGUGUUUCCCUCUAUGGCCAAGGUGACAGUACCUACUAUACAAAAGAAAGGAGACACGUGGAUGCUGAAGAUAGUGACGAUGAGUUUGGGACGAAAUUAUCAGGUGUUACCUACCCACAACCAACUGAAUAUAGGUACCCUCAAGUACACCCUGAUCUUGAAGCAUUUCCAAGGUCUAUGACUGAGGCUGUCUCGGUGAAACCAACUAAGGCUGUAACACCAGCCACCAACCCCCGCAUUCGAAAAGAUUGUCCAGUCACCCCUGCGCCGUCAACCACUGUUAUUAUCAAGCGACCCAAAAUGGAAACAAGCAGAACACGAGGGCGUGUUUGCGCUUCCGAUUUCGACGAACUGAGCAAAUCCCUCCUUGAAGAGUCCAUCUCCAUCUACCGCACUCAAAUCGGGGGUGUCCAACCAUAUCCUGACUGUCUUGAGGAGCAUGAUGCCACCACUGCAGCUUGGGUUGAGGCAUGUACAGCACGUGGAGUCCGUGUUGAGUUUGACGAGGAUAUACUCAAAUUGGUGCACAUGAUGACAGCACGUGCAUCCCAAGUGCGUGGCUAUCUCAAGACCACUGCUCGACUGCUUGUUGAGGCAGCUUAUGGGAUCAACCCCAAUGCUCGCAAGCACGAGAUCAGGAACCUUAUCAAAGAUCUCCAAACUCGAAAUAACUUCUUGUACAAGGACUUGAAGGAACGCAAAGGUAUCUACUGCCACCCCGCUUUUCAAUCAAUCAUCAACAAAACCUGGUUCAAAAACAAGAGCGACAAUGGUGUUAUUCACCCUGAGUUCUCUGAAGGUGGUAUGUUGUCAAAGGUGACCAAGGCACUUGCAAUCACGGUGGUGGAGAAUUGCCUUGACGAGUGGCAAACUGGCGAACACGUUGAUGUCCCCUUCACUGCGGCAGCAUACAAGCCCAAAUUCACCACAAACCUCAAGCAACUCAUCAUGUUUGAUGACAAGACAAAGGAGUCUGACAUCGUUCCCCGCCUCCUCAAGCAUAUGUUGAAAAUGGCCAGGAAACACGCCAAAGUCACUGAUGCCCUGGAGGUGGCACAGGCCAUUCAAUUCACUGAAGAUGAUGUUGAGGCAGCUAAGAAAGAAUGGGAAUCCAUGACUUUCUAUAUGGAACUAUGUGACCUAACAGACUAUUGGGGUUUUGUCCUAUCAUCAAAUAUGGCAACCUAA